AUGCGUCAGGAUAGGGAGUUCAUUGUCAUCUUUGACAGCGGAGGUUCCGGACCCAGCUUUGGAUGCACAGAGUUGGUCCCUCUUCAGGAGUUCAGGAUGGCUGUCAGUGUGCCGGGAUUGAUAAUGAUGGUGGUUUUCUACCUGCUUGUGUUGGGGAUCGGCUUGUGGGCAUCUUCCAAAUCAAGAAAGAUGGCAAAAAAUUCUCAGAGCAGGCAGGUGGAGAUUUCCUUUUUGGCUGAUCGGAGUGUCGGCUUGGUGGUGGGAGUCUUCACAAUGGCAGGUUAGAGCUGUUUUUUUCUCCUUACACACUUCAAGUAUUUAUUCUUUUGAAACUGCAUAAAGAUGAAUAUUAUGAACGGGAUUUUCCCAGUUAUGUGCAUGCUUUUAUGUGUUUCUGCUGCAGCCACAUGGGUUGGAGGAGCCUUCAUCAUGGGAGUUGCAGAGACGGUUUAUGACCCCACAAAAGGACUGUUAUGGGCUCUUAUUCCUCUGCAAAUGUCAGUGUCCUUUAUUAUUGGUGAGAUCCUCCAUGAUGGAAUUACUUCACGAUAUCCACUUAUUUCUAUGAGGCCAUAAGAGAUUAUUUUAGAUUAUUCCUCUUUAUAUUUACUUAUCCAUAUAGCAGGAGGGUGUUCAAGGGGGGAGCAGGGGUGGCUCUGGCCCUGUUACUGAUCUGAUGUGUUUGAUUACUAAUUCCCUUACUCACUCGACUAGGACACUCAGUACCUUUACAUGACACUCGAGAAAACCGAAUGAUUGUCGCAGAACUCCAAAGAGGAGUGGCGUGCGUCUCAUCUGCAGGAGAAAGUAGCGUGUACAUCAUGUACGACAAAAACAACAGCGUACGAUGCUCCAUCUUCUUGCUUGAAAAUGUCCAGCAGCAGUUGUGGACACUUCUGAUGUCUGACACGGACCUGCUGUUGUGGUUGACGGUUGUAUGGGGUCGGAAGCAGCGCUGCUGAAAAGACCCAUAUCGCCCCCUAGUUUUGGGGAGGACACGUUCACGUCAAUAAUUCAAUUUUCUCAGCUGCAUGUAUACGCAGACAAGGAGAGAAGUCCGAUUCGGCAAAAAAAUUGAAUUAUGAGCUUAAACUGAUUAAACUGUGCAUGUAAACCCACUGACUGUUUUCUUUUUAUGCCUUCAGUUGUGUUUACACAAAGCCACUGUUUGAAAGCCCAGUUAUUGCUGUGUGAACGACGCCCUUCAUCCUCAAACCCCGCCCCCCAGCUGCAUGCACCAACAAGCCAACAUAUUCUCCAUUUUUCACUCUUUCUCUUCUUGUUUUUAAUGUUUUUGCUGAAAGGAUUCAUGCUUUAGAUAAUUUCACACCUAUCGUUACCAUCAAAAAAGAAAAUGAAGAUGUAUACGUUUAUUCCUACAAUCUGGACUUAUGUCUAGAUAUCUUUUGUUUCCCUUCCCCUUUUUUUUAAGGUGGACUGUUCUUCGCCGGCCCAAUGCGAGACCAAAACUACAUCACGAUGAUGGACCCGUUCCAAAGAAAAUAUGGGGAAAAAAUUACAGGGUUUCUGUCCAUCAUUCCCUUCAUAAGUGAACUGUUGUGGGUUCCUGCUGCACUCAUUUCCUUGGGUAAUACAGAUCUGCUUUAGUUACAAGACAAUGUAAUUUGCUCAGAUCGUCCCUCUUGUAUAAACACUCGUACCAUUUGGCUUUUAUCCUAACAGGGGUUACAGUCAAAGUCUUCUCCGACCUUCCCUUAAGUCUUUGUAUCUGGAUUUCUGCUGCAGUGGCGAUCAUUUACACCGUUCUCGGAGGUCUCUAUUCAGUCGCUUUCACAGACGUCGUCCAGCUGACUCUGGUGUUUAGCAGCUUGGUGAGUUUGAAACACUCUGAACCGGCUUGUCUCUGUUGAAUUUUUUUUAAACCUGGUUUUCUUGUUUGUUUUUUCAGUGGCUGUGCACUCCUUUUGUUCUUGUUAGCGAUGUUUAUACUGACAUCAGUCUAACAGCAUUCAACCACACAAACCGGGCACCCUGGAUUGGCCAGCUCGAGUAUCGUGACAUGUGGAUAUGGAUCGAUAACUUUCUUGCCAUGGUAGGAGGGAGUGGUUAGAGUCUUUGAUUAGUGGAUGUGUACUCUUUCCUCACGCAAUGUCUCAGUGUCAGGCCAUGUCUCUUUAACAAAAGAUCUUAAAUUCUCACUCUGUGUGCGCUUGUGUGUGCGUGUAUGUGUGGGUGAGCAAAGGUGGGUGUCUGUCAGUGUGUGUGUCAGUCCAUGGGUGGGUGUGUGGGUAGAAGAUUUGGGUUUUAUUGUUGUUUAAUUGUGUUUUUAGCCUCUGUGAGGCACUUUGAACUACAUUAUUUGUCUGAAAAUUUUGAAUUUGAAUUUGAGUUUAAAAUUAAAUUUCGUACCCCUUCACUGGCGAAUCCUGAUUUCCUAGAGCACCGGGAAUUUGGCUUUCCAGGAUUUCCACCAACGGACUCUUUCCUCCAGCUCCACAUCAACAGCAAAAAUCAUCUGUUUCGUUGCCGCAGGUGUCGUCCUUAUUCUUGCAAUUCCACCUGUGCUGGUCGGGGCAGUUGCAGCUUCUACAGGUAAACCUGACGAAUGUUAUUUAUUUAUAGUAACGCGAUAACUUGCAUCUUUUUCCUGCGUUUCAGAUUGGAAUUUGACCUCAUAUGGGUUACCCUCUCCUUAUGAUCGAGGGGAGUCAGCGAUGGUAUUUCCCAUCACCCUCCUGCAUCUGACCCCAACUGCUGUUUUUGUCAUUGGCAUGGGAGCAAUAGCUGGGGCCGCGAUGUCUUCGACAGACUCUUUUUUGUUAGCUGCAUCCUCCAUCUUCACCACCAACAUUUACAAGCUCAUCAGACCACAGGUACGAUGACAAUGCCUCCCAAAUCAGCAAGCUGUGCCAGCAUAGGCAAGAAAGACAGUACUUAUCAAAAAACACAGGGAGGAGUGAGUUUCAUGAGUGCAUACAGCGAAAGACUGAGGAGGAACUUUUUCCAAGUUAGCCUCAGGCAGUUGAAGCAAGUCCCCUGGCAGACUUAUAACAGACCAGCCUGGGCAAGCCUCGACUUAAUAUAGGCUUUAUCAAACAAUUUCUAUAUGAGUGAAAAAGCCUUAUUUUAAAGGAACAGUUCCUCCAGUAUUGGUGUAUGAUUCCAACAGAGAAAGAUCCGACUUCAGGGCUCUACCUCCUGUACUACUUUUGGCAUCUCUUGAUACCACAAAGAGACCUCCAACCAGAGAGAAGAGUAUCUCAGGCCUUUAACCUUAUAAAAACCCCAGAAGGUAACCUAAUAAGCAUCACUCAAGGUUCUCAGACUUUUUAAACUGUUAUCCUCUUCUUUUCAGGCAUCAGACAGAGAGCUGCAGUGGGUGAUCCGCUCCUCCAUCGUGCUUGUUGGGAUUGUGGGUACUUCUUUCACCUACCUGGACAGCAGCAUCUUGGCCCUCUGGAUCCUCAGCUCAGACCUGACUUACACCAUCAUGCUCCCCCAGCUCAUCUGCAUCCUUUUCAUCAGGGUCUCCAACCCUUAUGGUGCUGUCAUCGGCUACAUGAUUGCGUUUGUCUUGAGAGUUUUGAGCGGAGAACCCCUGUUCAAUCUCCCUGCCAUACUACAUUUCCCAGGAUGCACUUUGGAGGACGGUGUUUACAUUCAGCGAUCACCUUUUAAGACUAUCUGCAUGCUGGUCUCUCUUGUCUCCAUUGUGGGGUUUUCGUAUUUGGCUUCGAUCCUGUUUGAAAAGGAGAUCCUUCCUGAGUGGUGGGACGUGUUUAAGGUGAAAUCACAGGGAGCGCCUGCAGAGGGAGCCAGAGAGUGUGACAAGGAAAAGGCUAAAAACGAAAAUGAACCAAUGCUUGAACUACAUUGCUAA